AUGCUUCAUUCCAGAUUUGACAUCCAGGAUUUAGGAAUACUGAAGUAUUUCCUGGGAUUAGAAGUUGCUUACUCAAAGAAUGGUAUUUUUCUGAAUCAAAGAAAAUAUGUGUUGGACCUGCUGAAGGCUACAGGAAAAAUGGGAGUAAAGCCUUGUGAUACUCCUACAGAAAUUGGCAACAAACUUAAUAAUGAUGGUGAUGUGUUAAGUGAUAUUGGGUCAUAUCAAAGUAUGGAGGCAAAACUAGGUUUAGCACAAACCCUAGUUGUUUCUGCUCCAGAUGUAGAAUUAUCCGUAGUAGUUCUGGGAAUCACUUUAGGAGAAGAAAUUGAUGUUUAG